ACAAACACAACACGGCACGUAACAUACGCUACUACUAAAUUAUAGAAAAUGUAACUUUUAUAAAUCGAUUUCAAAAACAUGUUUUGACAUUUUACCUCUCUCAACAGUUUCAAAAGCCACAGGAGCAGUACCCUCCGUUCCGCUUUGGUACGGUCCCAAAUGGAAGCACAGAGCGCAACAUAAGGAGUAACUACCCCGAGAUGCACUCCCACAUGGUCAAAUACAACCAGAAGGGAGUAGAGGAUGCCCUGAACAGCCUCAAAACAGGGAAACUGGAUGCCUUUAUCUACGAUGCUGCUGUGCUGAAUUACAUGGCUGGCAAAGAUGAGGGUUGCAAGCUGGUGACCAUUGGCAGUGGGAAAGUGUUUGCCACCACUGGUUAUGGCAUCGCCCUGCAGAAGGACUCACGCUGGAAACGACCAAUUGAUCUGGCCCUGCUCCAGUUCCUGGCUGAUGGCGACACUCAGAAGCUGCAGACCGUCUGGCUCACAGGCAUCUGCCGUAAUGAGAAGAAAGAGGUGAUGAGCAGCAAGCUGGACAUUGACAACAUGGCGGGGGUCUUCUACAUGCUGCUUGUGGCCAUGGGCCUGAGCCUGCUGGUUUUCUCCUGGGAACAUCUGCUCUACUGGAAACUACGACAUUCAGUCCGCGAAUCAGAGCGCCUGGACUUCCUUUUAGCUAUCAGCAGAGGCAUCUACAGCUGCUUCAGUGGAGUAGAGCACACUGACCACAAUGGGAGCUUGCAGACUCCGGACGUCACUACCAACUAUACACAAGCCAAUAUGCUAAAAAUGCUGAAGACAGCCAAGGACAUGGUGUCCUCUGCCAGAGUGGAGAACUCUCUAGACAAUGCCACCAAAACAAUAGAGCACUGGAGCAGGCGGGGGGGCGACAAUGUUCGGGUUGGCCUGCCACCUAGAGUUACAACCACAGACAUGGCUCAUUGUCGUCUGCCGUAUAUCUCCAGCAUCUCAGACAACCACUCACAAUACCCUCAGAGAGCCCUCACACCCACGUUUCCAAUUCAUUAUGGGGACUCCUCCACCCAGCCACUCCUGGAGAAGCCCAGAGUGGUGACCCGACCCACCCCGCUGCGAUAUACGCUUCCCAGCCGCAACAGUCAGCAUGUCUUAGAGAGGACUCUGCCCAUCUCCAGCCUCAGCAGUCCUCACAUCGCCAUUCGGGACCCUGUUACCCCUGGUACUUCUAACCCCCACCACAGCAGCAGGCUGUAUGUGGAAAACCCGGCCCGGCACCCCCCGUCACCUUUUGUUCCUUACAGAGAGUUCCAGGUGCCCAAUAUCUACGUAGAUAGAGGACCACUGAGGAGGAAGUUCAGCUACCCCCCUGACUGUGUGAGCCGGAAGAGGCGGACCCAUAGCUAUGUGUUUGAUGCUGCAGAUCCCAGAGCCAGAGCUGACUACGAUGAACCUCGGUCCUGCCUUGCUGAGUUGAGGGCCAAUCACCUCCUUAACAACCAUGCCCCUGUGGGUGCUGCCAGUGGCUGCACUGCGGGACAUUAUCCAGGCACCAGCACAAGUUGCAACUCCUGUAUGAAGUCCUAUCUGGAGCCUGAAAUGGAAGACGUACCACUCCUGGGGAAGGACAAACUCAACCGUCGGGCCUCAUUCCUCAAAGCAACAUGGGGCAACGACAGGAUCCAUCAGGUAGAUGAAACAAAGCCCUCAACAUCUGCUUCCUCCGCCCGUGUAGACAUGCCUGACCUUUUUCCUCGGGUGGUAGUGGCCAACCCAAAGCCCCACAAGCUAUAUGGCAGUCUGGGGCACAACUUGUCCUGCUACCCCUUGGCUGCUGAGCCUGCUUACUUGGACCCGGCACACAUGGGAUCCUACCCCUACAAGCAGAAGCUCAAGUACUGUGAGUCCACCCGGCUGCCCUCUUACAGGGAAGCCAUCCUGCAGAAUGCCGCUGCCCUGCGCCGCUCCUCCUCCACAGUGGUGCACAGACACUACUCCACCUACCUGAACUCGUACACAGACUUACCGGUGUAUGUAGGGCCACUUGCCCAGGGACCGCCCCAGUUCUAUGGCAGUUCCAAGGACAUGUGUCACUUGUUUCCCUGUACAAGUCACUGCCCGGAUAACGCAGCAAUGAUGCCUCGUAUGAGCGACAGGCAGGUGGUUUACCACAACAAUAUGUUUGGGCCCUACGAUGGUUCAGGGAAGAGGGAAACCCCAGGCUCUGGGAGCAGAGAGCGGAGGCAGGUGUUGGUGGCGCGCAGAGUCAACAGUCCCUAUGUGCCAAAGCCCUGGGGCAGGGUAUCCAGCCUGGAGUCUGAGGUCUGAGCCCCUAUACUUACUGAACCUCCACUAGGCUCUCAAACUGAGCCCCUCUACUGAGGGGCAUGCCUGGGGGUUCUCCACUCAGUCUCUGGUUAAAGCAAAAAUGUAACUCUACACCAAUAGUGUAUUUGAGAGUGUUUGCUCUCAAUUAUCAGUGCAAUAAUACCCUGGGAACUAAAUGUUAAGGAGAAGACAUUGACAAGCUGGGGCUUUGUAAACUAAACUGAAAAAUACUUAUAAAAGAAAAGGCUCUGUUGAAAAGUAUUUAAUACAUAAGAAUUUAGCCUGUUGAUUGUUAAAGGAUUUUUUUAAUCUGUGUUGCUAUGUGAAAGAUUUAUGAGAGGCAAUAUACUGUAGCCUCUCAAACUAAAUACAACUUGAGACAUUUAUUUCUUCUCUUUUUCUUUUAAAAAUCAUUCCAAUACCCACCAUUUAAAUUGAGAGAUAAAUUAUUAAGAUAUAUUUGUGAUCAAACCACUGACAUGCCACCCAUGAAUUUUCUAAGUCCACGGCCACACAGUUGCUCUGAGGUUUUCAUGUAAUUUGAGCGGGAUUUUAAUAAGGGAAAACCAUUAAAGUAUCACAUGUAUUAUCAUUGUUACACUACCCUUUAAUAAAGAACAAGGUCAUCUCAAGGGCCUUUUGGAA